CUCUCGUGGGAAAUGAUACUCUUUCCAAACCCUUUGUAACCCAAAACCGCCUCCUAUAUCACUAAGCCUGUCUUGUCGACAUUCAGCCAUUUCAGACGUCAAAGAUCAGUCAGUCUCAUAUGAUAAAGACGCUGUAACAUCACCUUCGGAGUACAAUAUUCAUCUUUCACCGUUCCAUCUACGAGUAAUUUUACGCCGACAUGGAUAAACUUCCUGGUGAUGUCUUGCGGUGGUUUGGUGAGGAGCAUGACCUUGAUCUUGCCCUCGACAAGGAUCCCACCAACUACGUCAACUCACCAAUGAAGAUGCCACACCGAAAACUGAAGAGACCCUGCAUCAGAAGGACAUUGUCUUUGACUUCUGCCACUCUUAUUCGACAACCAUCGUUUGCUGCUUCACACAAGAACCACCGACAUUCCAGCCAGUCUCCCGUCACGUCGUCCUUCUUAACCAACCUUCUUACUCGAGAAUCCAAAUUUCGUCCGCUAUCGAGGCAAGCGCAAGGCGAUCAUGGUCUCCAAUCAUCUUUUUGCAGCAUUGAUCCGGGUGCUCAACAUUACCAGGAUCCAGAAGCGCGCCUCAAACUACGACUCUACCUAGCAUCCCCGCAUAAUUUCGACGAAGCCAUCGAGUUCGGCUUUCCGGCCCCAGCGGAUGAGGACACGACAUCAGGGCUGCCCGGUGUACUAAAGCAGAGCCCAAAGCCCCAGAGUGGUAGGAGAAAGGUAUACCCAGCUGUGGCCAAGAAUGCAGACCUUUUCACAGAGGCCAAUGUUCCUAUAUCAGACGCCGUAGAGCCGCCCCGGCUCUUGGAGCAUCCCAUCUCAGACAAGCAUAUCUCACCGAGUAAUAUGCAACAAUCUUGUUCAUGCGAUAAGGGCACUGGCAAGCGGCUUGAUCCAAACAAUCGCGAAAUGACACUGAAGAUGACGUUGACACGACCUGAUCUUCGAACAAGCUCCUGGGAGGCCGUUUCACCGGUUACUCCGGUGUCUACCGAGUCAUCUUCAGCAGAAGGAGACCCACAAACUCGCAAUGCUGAUGAGAAUAUACGACACAAAAUGAAAAACGUAUGGUGCAAGCUUAGGGUAUGGAAAUAG